CUUCAUCGUCACCGUCCAUCGCCAUUUUGAGGUUUUGGAGAAGACGACCUACAUACGAGCAACGUCGGAGGAAACGGUCGUUAACAUACACGGUUUCCUCAACGUCGUGUUUCAUCUUUUAAUUUGAUUACCCUUCAAGGUAAUUUUAAGACAUCAUAAAUGUCUCGGGAUAGGUUUAACGUUAACAGACCCCGCGGCGGCGGUGCGAUGAAUAACUUCCAGCCACGCAGGGGUGGCGGCCCCGGCGGCCCGAUGCGAGGCGGACUGAUGGGAAACCCGAAUUUCAGGAGUCACCCUUUCCAGAACCAGAACAGAGGAGGGCAUGUCGGUAACAACUUGAACAAGCCACCCGGCCAGGGACCACAGACGGCUCCCCAAAAGCCGCAGCCGCCGCAGUCCUCCGGGAUCAUCCCUCCGCCGACCCCGGGCCCGGCCCUGACGAUGAAAGGCCCCAUGCAGCAGCAGCAAGAGCAGCAGCCGCGGAAGCCGCCGGCGCAGUCGCCCCAACCGAAAAUCCAGUCACCGCCGCCGAAACCCAACAUAUCGUCGCCCCCGCCGAACCAGGCUAACAGGAACCAGAACCAGAAACCAAAUUUAUCGUCGCCUCCACCGAACCAGGCCAACAGGAACCAGAACCAGCAGCAGAAACCGUCGGUUGGAAACGUUAACGGACAGCAGAAAGCACAGCCGCAGCAAGGCCCCAAGCCGUCGCCACAGCAGGGCCAGAAGUCCGGGGACUCGGCCAAUAAACCACAGCAGAAGCCCACAGGUGACACCCGGCAGCCAGACGACAGCCAGCCAUCGGAAUUUAAGGCAACACUGUCCAUGCUGUUGAAGCCUGGUGAGAAGACAUACACACAGAGGUGCCGUCUGUUCAUCGGCAACCUGCCUAACGACAUCACAGAGGAAGAGUUCAAGAAACUAUUUGCAAAAUAUGGAGAACCCAGUGAGGUCUUCAUCAACAAAGGCAAAGGCUUCGGUUUCAUCCGUCUGGAGUCCCGUGCUUUAGCAGAGGUCGCAAAGGCUGAGCUGGAUGACACCCCGAUGAAAGGCAGGCCACUGCGGGUUCGCUUUGCCACACAUUCUGCAGCUCUGUCUGUGAAAAACCUGUCGCCAUUUGUGUCCAAUGAGCUAUUGGAAGAGGCUUUUUCACAGUUUGGCAUGGUGGAGAGGGCAGUUGUUAUUGUGGACGACCGCGGGCGGUCAACAGGAAAGGGCAUUGUUGAGUUUGCCUCCAAGCCUGCUGCCAGAAAGGCCCUGGACCGUUGCAAUGAUGGUGUUUUUCUGCUCACCACGUCACCCAGGCCAGUUAUUGUUGAGCCUUUAGAACAGUUUGACGAUGAGGAUGGUCUUCCAGAGAAACUGGCACAGAAAAACCCCAGAUACCAAAAAGAGCGAGAGGAGCCUCCCCGAUUUGCUCGUCCAGGCACUUUUGAAUAUGAAUACUCCAAACGCUGGAAGUCUUUGGAUGAAAUGGAGAAGCAGCAGAGGCAGCAGGUGGAGAAGAACAUGCAGGAGGCCCGCGAGAAGCUGGAGAGCGAAAUGGAAGAUGCUUACCAUGAGCACCAGGCCAACCUGCUCCGACAAGAUCUGCUGAGGCGGCAGGAAGAGCUCCGGCGCAUGGAGGAGUUGCACAGUCAGGAGAUGCAAAAGAGAAAAGAGAUGCAGCUUAGACAGGAGGAAGAGCGUCGCAGGCGGGAGGAGGAGAUGCUUCGCAAGAGAGAGCAGAUGGAAGAGCAGAUGCGCCGCCAGCGUGAAGAGAACUACAGAAUGGGCAACUUCAUGGACAGUAGGGACAGAGAAAUGAGGAUGAAUCCUGGUGGAGCUAUGGGCAUGGCUGUCAUGUCAUCUCUGUUAGACAUGUCCUUUGGCACACCAAACCAGAAGUUCCCCAUGGGUGGAAUGGGCUUUGAGGGACAACAGGGAAUGGGGGGACCUUCACCUGGAGGCAUGAUGGGCAACGAAAUGCGCAACGAGCGCUUCCCCCAGGGCGGUCCUAGAGGAAUGGGUCCUGGUAACCCAGGCUUUGGCAGGGUCCGCGAGGAGUUUGAUGGACCUGCUAAGAAACCCCGUUUUUAAAACUUGCCCUGUCACUCUCCUAGCAGCACUAAUUGUGUAGGUCCCCCUAAAAUAUGUUGAGUCAUAUCUGUUGUAUUUAAGUUUAAAGUGUUGCUGCAUUUUAGCCUAAAGACUUACUCAUUUUAUGGCAAGUUCGGUAUUUUCCAUUUUUAUUUUGUAUUUUGGCUAUUGUGGAAAGAUAGAUCACCCACUUGUGAUCCAUUAGUGCUAUCUGACCAUGUAUAAUUUUCUUUCUAGUUGUAUCAUGCUCUGUGAGUCGUCGUGAAAUGAAAAUUGUAACAUUUUUCUCACCUUUCUAUCUAUGGCUGUGUUUUGUGCCAUAAGUUUGAAGUAAAAGCAUGUGUUGCAAUAAAGACAAAUUGGUCCUAUUGGAAGAAACUUUAACAUUUAUUCUCAAAACAAGUCGAAACAUUUCUACCACAAAAAAAAAAACUACAGUCUUUUCCAAAAAGAAAUUCUACAAAUGAAAUUAAACUCACAAAAUGAUAUUUUUAAAUUGGAUGUAGCCUAUGUACAGCCUCCUCAUUUCAACAGUCAUUAACACACAAUGUACAGUUUAGGUAUGUAUUUUUCCAGAUUGGAGUUAUUCUUUUGUGCAGCUGGUAGCAGAAUUUCAAUUCAGUUAGACAUAUUUUGGGUUGUAAUAUGAAAUAGUAACCGAAGGAACCCAUAAGGGAGUCUACAAGGAAUCCCAUCUUAUAGCAAGUAUUGUCAAGGAAUUGACAUUGUUAAAAUAUUUAAAUCAAGCAUCCAAACCUUAGUUACUAUUUCCCAAUUAGAGUAUAUAGUAGCACAAGACACUGUUGCCAGGAAUAAAUCGCAGCAUUGUUUUGAUUGACAGAAGCCGAAUUUUGCCGCUGCUUCAUAUGCAUGUAAUCUCACCAGAAAUCGAAACAAAAAUUUGACAAUUCUUUUAGCAAAAAUGACAAGAUAUAGGUUUUUAGGUUUCAUCUCUCCUGUACAUCACAUGUACAAAGUACCACUAUUAAAAUCUGAUUGCAACAAAAUUUAAGAUGUCAAAGUAAAUAUGCUAUGUUUAAUCUCAUACUUAAUGAUUUUUGAGGUAUUACAGUUACAAUUUUACAGUAGCAUUUUGUAGCUUACAUGAGAUACCAGUAGAACAGGAGACCUUGUUGUUGCACAUUGCAUUGUGGGUAGUAGUGGACAUUGUUUAUGUCAUGCUGUUUACAUUCAUUAAGCUCACAGCAGCUAUGAGAGCAUAGCAACAGAGCAACAAAAAAAAAAAGAAAGAAAAAAAAAAAAGAUACCCUACAAAUGAACCGGGCAAACAGCAAAUGCAGGAUUCGUUACUUAGAGAUUUUAACCAAGAGGCUGGUAACUCUGCCUAGAAAAUGAAAAAAAUCGAAUGGGCUGGAUCCAUAUGAGCACAAAUGGUGGACCGGUGAAUGAAACACUUUGUAAAUGUAGUCUCAAUCUAGCAAAGCCUCCUUGCUAGUUCAGCAAUCCGACAGCACUUUGCUUUCAGGCUGGAAAAGCCUGGUUAUCAUUUGGUCUCCACUGUAGCUUCUAUGACAUAAAAUACCACAAUGCCUUGCUUCUCUCACCUGUGCUCACAUCACGAUCCCGUUCUCUGUAUACAUUUUCGGAGGCAGCUGAUAUCGCCGAUGUACGGAAUGACCUCCGGGAAAAGAGGCUGUUAAUCUUAUCCAUUUGCAGAAGUCAUACUGAACCACCACACUAUUACUGAGCUGUAAAUGGUGGCAAGAACAGAUCUCCUUCACAGGGACGUCCAGAGUUUGAAGAAUUGUCGGUGCCUCAUGGAGUGCCCUGGUUUUCAGUCAGAUAACUAAACAGGAUCAACACUCGGCCCCCCUUGAAGUGGAAUUUUUGCCUAGAUUUUGCUGAUGAACCCUUGGAUUAACUUUUCUCUAAUUUUGUUGUACUUUCUGCCAAGAAACACCAUGUUUUUUCAGGCACGUGGAAUGAAGAUGAGCGGGUGGUAGUUGGAUCAAGUUUAGAAGUGGAAAUAUGAGCAUAAUUAUUGACAAAUGGCUCUCUUAAAAAGGAAUCUUUAGAGUUCAGAAAUGGCUUGUGCAUUGCCUCGACACAACACCAUACACCAGUGAGAAAGAUCUGGUAAUAAAAUGCAGAAAUACACAAAUAGGCAAUGGAAUUUAAGUGAAACUGAAUGGUGCUGUGUAUUUUUGGAAGUUGCUAGUUUGAUGUUUUUUGGAAAGAAUAUGCUGAGAGAAUUUGGUGUACAUCUGAGCAUGGAAACAUAAAUCCAGCACAGCACCUUUUGGUAACAAGUGUUGCUCAAGACCUCAGAUGCCAGCACAUAGGCAACGGAAAAUGAUCUGUGUCUGUUGUGGCAGCAUAUUGUGAGUAAUUAAGUUUGUGGCUUCUCCAUAGUUGGCUCACAUUUACAUAGCCCAUAUUAUCAAGUAUUGGGAAUCUGUUAAGACUUGCAACUUGAUUUCAAUGUACAGGGCUAUUAUUUGUUGAAAAAAAAUCUCAAUUAACAAUAGUUAUGACAAUUUCACAAUUUAGCCUAGCUGACAAAUACUUUUUUAAUAUAAUUUUUGUUAUACUUUAGUUGGGAAUUGAAACUAAAGUUAUUCUAAGACAAAGCAGGACCAUUUCAAAGUCCAAAACACAGGUUUACAGCUACAAUGUAAGGGGAACCACAGGUUUACUAUUAAAGGAACUGUACUUUGGUUUCUCCAUUACUCUACCAUGGUCUUUUCUAUUUCAGAGUAGUGGUCCUAGCUACCACAUGUAUUUUUAGAGUACGGCUUCCAACAUAUGGUUUGUUUGUUUUACAUUGCCCAAGUAUAGGGCCCUAUGAAAUCCAUUGAAAUUUAUUCUAGAUUACUCUUUAUUUUUUCCCAAAUUUCAUAUUUUGCAAUUAAUUUUUUCCUGAAUUCUUGUGUUUUAAGAUUUAAAUACAUUUUGUCAUCACAGAGAAUGUCUACUUGUGGUGAGUGAACAAAAUUUCAACAAUUCAAAUUUAUUGAAAAUUAAUGACUUUGUGACACAACAUUGCACUAUUUUUUUUAUUUAGCAAAGAAAGUAUUUCAGUAUAUUGACAAAACAAAACAUUUCCUUUUGCAAAGUGCUUCACAUCUCAGCCUCACAUUAUAACUGAAAAACAGUGCAUCUUUUUUGUUAAAAAAAAAAAAAAAAAGUGUUUCACAUAAAGUUCCUCAGAAUUUUUUGGAUGACUUGGCCUUGUGGCCUUGUGUCAGGACCUCUGUGACUUGACUGUGUGUGUGAGUGUGUGUGAGUGUGUGUGUGUGAGUGAGGAGCCGAGCCCUGCCCUCAGUGAAACACAGACUGCAAAUAACAAGCUGCAGCAUUGUUUUUUUUCCUGUUGAUUCGGCUUAGGCGUUGUGAGCGACGAUUACAAUAGUAGUUCAAAUGGUCGGGAAAAUCCUGUUUUUUUUUGUUUGUUUUUUUAAAUUGCAUCCUUAUUUUGGCUUUUUCUCACAAUAUUCUCCAUUUUACAGUUGUGAUUCCAUUUUCAUUAUCAAAUUACAUGAUUCAGUCCUUGUUUCCCGCAUCAUGGAAAUAAGAAGGGCUUGUGUAGAGGCAUGUUUUUUUUGUUUGUUUGUUUUUUAAAUCCUCAAAUCACUUCUAAAUAAUGAUGCAAUCUUUCUGAGACAGUUAAUGUAGUUGUCUCUAAUUAAUCUGAGGAUGUGAAAAGAUACUUUGGUCAAAUGCUCUCUUUGAUGAAGCAGUUUUCUUUGAGUAGGAAUCAUUUUUCUGAAGGCCACUUUUCUCUCAAAAUUGACAAGCUGUAGCUUUUCAGGGUUUAUUGUUAACAGUUUUCUCUCACUGUUGUAGAUGAGCACUAUUCAGGUGAAUGCAGCUGUCCCAUGGCUCUUUCUGGACAGCAUUGGGAUAUGUAAAGAUGCAUGCUUUAAAGGCAUCUCAUAGAAGUGAUUUCUUUAAUCAUAUAGCAUCUAUAGCCUAUGUUAAAUACCACCAAUAUGUGGGAGGAGUGAAAAAAUGCAGCAAAGGAAGAGUGCAACUAUUUAUUUAGUGCUCUUUGUGCACAGUGAAAUACAAUACAGAAUUUUAACAUAAUACUUGGCUAUUUAAGGGUUUUGUGCCUAGCUUACAGUGCAUCCCCUGGAAGGGAUUUUGUUUCUUCACAUUGCAUCUGAAAACCCUGCAAAACAAGGAGGACUACACGUACUUGGAUGGAUUUGGUAAUACAAUUGGAUACCAUGAAGUACAAAUCUGAAAACUUGUAAUGUUAUGUCUUGUGUUUUGGUGUUGUGUACAUUUCUUCCUUAACAGGUUUGACCAUCUUGAAAGGUUUUGGACUAUGAGAAAGGAAAUUCCAAACCAAGAAAUCCUAAGUUGAUGGUACCCACAGGCUUAGUAAGAUUGUCAUUCAACCAGUGUACUGAAGAAGAGUCCUGUUGAUCUGGCUUGUUGACAGAGAGCAAUCCCUUUAGAAGACUGUACAGGACCUACAUUUUGAAACUUUUUAAGCAAUUACUGAUUGUGACUGUAGAGCUUGAUCUAAUGGAAAAGGUGGAGGUUCGGGACUUUAACAUUUGGCUGUUACACCUUUGGCAAAUUUAACAUUUUAACAAGAUUCAUCUGACACUGUUAAAGGCUACACAAAAACUAUGCAGUGGUGCUAAAAAAAGAAUACCCACUAUGGCCAACGCAGUUUCAGUGGAGUACAGGUGAUAGCAAAGGUACAACAGAUCUCACUGUAGUGAUGAUUUAAAAAAAAAAAAAAAAGGUGUAGCCACUUGUGUAUUGAUUAAAGCUAUGUUAAUACUAUACACAUAGAAUAAUAUUACAUACUUGAAAGGGAUGGUUAAGUGAAAAUUUUUGUCAUCACUGGUUGCAGAAAACAUCAUGAAGCUGAAAAUCUGAAGUCCUUUCUGUACACAGAGAGGCCUAUUGUUUGAUUUCUCCUCAGUCGAUGGAGCUGUUUUGCUGGGGAUUGAAAGCUACUUUAACACAGGAGUGGCGGGUCCAAUCAGACCAUGGCCUCAGUUUUUAUUCCUCCCACCUGUUUGAUCGACUGCCUUCAACUGUACUGCUGAACUUCCAAAAUUUAGGUUAUUAGUAAGUGAGCUCCACAGUGGUGUUUACCAUGAACUCAAUUGUUGGUUGGUCUUACCAAACAAUAUCCACAUACUAGAAUGGGAGCUAAAACCCAUCCAACUCAGUUGGAGUGUAUUGCUGUAGAAAGGUUAGCCAAUAAAACUCCAUUUUAUUAGUUACUGAGUUUUUGAGAAACUUCAAAACCUGUGAAUGGGGAUAGUCAUUGAACACACUAAAAGAAAAUUGUUUUUAACUGGGUUUAUAAUCUUUUUAAAUUUUAGCAAAGUGUGUCAUUAUUUGCACAUCUGUUUGCACCAUGGAUCUGCUAGACAGCUUGUUAAUGCCCAGAUUCACUAUUACAGCCUUAUUUGCUGUGCUUACACUAAGCCCCCACACCAACCCCCCCUCCUCUUUAGCCCCCCACCCCACUAGAAAAGCCUCUGCACGCAGCUCCUCCUCAGUGGCAUUGCUACCUGGUUGUUUUUAGCUUAGUGAUGGCUGUGGCGCAUAGUCAAUUUGAAAACAACAGACCAGCUACCAGCUAUUCAAUUGUUUAGCUGGACAGACCAAAAUAUUUGUCACAGAAACUAGCAGAAAGCAAGGGGAAACACAGGUCAACUAUGGAUUGGCCUUUGAAAGGUGGCAUGUACUGAGAUCCAUAAAAGGACUGAAAACUGAUGCAGAUGUCGCCCUGUUUCUUCUGGAUGAGUAAUAAGUUGACCUACAUUAUCGCAGACUUUUUUUCUGUAAAGCCCUUUGGGACAAAUUUGUAAUUUGUGAUUCUGGGCUAUACAAAUAAAUAAAAUUGAAUUGAAAUCGAAUUGAAUUUGGGUUUGGGUGGGAAUAGAGCGAUUUGAUCGAUAUUUAAUGACAAACACAGCUGGGAUCACUGUUAUUCUCCAGUUGCAAGGAGUCCAUUAACGCAGCUUUAACACCCUCUCCUGCCCCAGAUUCUUUGUUAUGCAAGUAAUUUAUACACAGGCUAAAGAGUAUUGGCACAAAAAGUAUUUGGGAGAGGGGUCACCUUCUCCCGUUGACCUUAAAAAGACUCCUUGCACUGAGUCACUUUAAAGUGCCCUGGAACGUUUACAUUUUGGGUAGAAUAGAAUGAAAAUAGGUAGUUAUUUCCCAACCUCAUCUCUUCAGCAACCUACCAAUCACAGGAGUUCCAUGCACCUUACUGUUGAGGAGAGAAUGCCAUGUUGUGCGUGUGUUUGUGAGUGUGUGCUACAUGUCUUUUCGAGUACGUGAGGGGUGCUCUAGCUGCUGUCAGCCAGCUUGUCACAGACAGGCUGCCCCAUUCCACACUAGAGGCUCUUCCCGGCCUUUGGGUUACGUUGACGAUGAGUAGUUCUGCAGAAGUCAGUGGACAGUAAAGCCUGGACUUGUUUGCACUGCAGCCAGAGGUAUGCUUACACAGAUCAGCGAGGUAAGUGUCCCAUCCAUGUUUUUGAUUUAAGAUGCACAAUCCCCCACAACUUGUCUUGUUUCUCUCCUCAAAUGCUGUGUCACUAUGUAAAGUGACACUUACAGGGCUUCUGGCAUGACACUUCUGAAGAAUGGACUCACAGUGCAGAACUAUAUUCUUCUACCUCUUUUAUGUGGACUUGUGGCAAAACAAUGUGUGUUUUAGCUUGUACACUGUGUGUGUGUGUGUGUGUGUGUGUGUGUGAGAGAGAGAGAUCACAGUACUUGGGGUUCCAUGUAUAUAUGAAAAGCAUUGUUUGUGGAUGGCUGAGUCACUGGUUCAUUACUGAGUGUGUAGACAAUGUAUUGACUUUGGCAUCACAGAACUGCAACAUCCGUCAUCAGUACUCUUUAUUCCCUCUUAUCAAAGAGUGUAAAACGUCUCUUGCAGCGCAAAGACACAUUGAUUUGGCUGUGGGUUGGGGUUUCUUUGCAGUUUUGAAGUGAAAAUGUGACAUACCUUAUGGGUUUGUCUGGGUGGGAUUGUGAACAUUCAUGAAAAUGGUUUUGUUAAAAGUCAGAGAUGCAUAAUUGUGUAAGGCAUGCAUCAUGCAGUGUGCCUGUACUUUGAUCCUGACAUCACAAACUCUGCAACCUUUGACUGGUAUUUUUGUGUAGAUGGGGUUGGGAGUGCUUUCAAUUUAUUUUUCUCUUUGCUGAUGCUUACAGUUAGUUGAAACAGCUGCUCAUUUCACAGUCUAAACUGCCUUUUUCAGUUCAUAAACCAAACCUUCAUGCGUUUGGAACAGUACUUAAAUCCAGAGAUUUUAUCUUUGUGUUUCUUAGGGUUUGAUAUUUGGCAGUUUCUCACUGUCCUUAAAAGCAAUGAUGUACAUUUUAGGGCAGUUAAGUUAAAAUUUGCUUGAUGUUAUUUUUCCAAUCAACAUUCAGCUGGUUCCCUUUUUAUCAAGGCCUAGGUCUUAGCAUUCUGUCAACAGAGCAUUUUAUUCUUUUCUAUGUACAAACAGGAAAUUACUUAGCGGUUCAUUUUGUGACAAGUUUGUUUUUUUUGAAGGCCAGUACAAAGAUAUUAAGCAUCUGUUGAGGACUGACUGCAGUCUACUGAACAUUUGAAGCAGUUAGAUUGCAGGGGGUGGUUGGCAGCAUGGAAUUAACCCCCUUUCGCCUUCAAAAGGAGCAGUGACUGAUGCAUGUGAAUACUCACCAGUUGCUCUCACCAUUCUACCACUAAACAAGAUGGCAUCUGAAUAAUAGUUGUAAGCUAAAGUAGCUGACAACAGAAAUUUACCAACAUUUAGCUGGUGUUAACCUCCCAUCCUGCCUGGCAGGCAGAUGUUUGUGGAAUAAAAGCACAUGUCGGCAUGUGUAGUUUUGCCCCUCAGUUACAUUUUGCUGGAUAGGUCGGCUCACCUCGUAUGGAGCCGUGCAUCAAAAUGUGUUUCUGCUCUCAGCCCUUGAAUAAUCUGCUCAAAAUGGUACUUGUUUUUCUACUCCUCUCUCUUCUUACCUUUCUCAUAUUUUUGCCAUUCUACCUGUCACAUCUGAAUAUCCUUGUCAUGCCAGUGACCAGCCAACCAUUUUGUAAAAGGUUCUCAGUUCAUUAGGACUGUGGCAAUUCCCUCUGUUGCUUGUACUUAGGAGCUGUUUUGUAGCUGUACAGAAACAGUGCUGCUACCUGGAGUAUGUGGUGCUCCACACCUCUGUUGGACCUUCGUCUGUAAGAGCAAAUUGCAAUCUAUCCAAGAAAUGCAAUGAAUGCAGCCCUAGAGGCUGUCAGGAUGUGUCUGUCUGCACUGUGAUCCAUUUUCUGAUUUUAAGUCAUCAGUCUCAAUUGGCCAAACUGCUUCCCUAUUUCCUGACUUGGGAGUGUUAUGCCAGAACUACCCUCCUGGCCUCCUACGGCCACUCCUGGGAACGGCAGGGCCUGCGGCCUGCAGGCUUUCUUCUGUACAAGGUUACUGUUCUGUUAAGGUGCUGCUCCCAGCUUGUUGCGGGUUAUGCAGUAACAUUCCUGACGUGUCAAGCUUACUUCUUCUUGGCAUAGAAUUUCCUUCUCCCAAGGUUUGCAAACUAUUUGAAUGUUGCAGUUGCUAUGCCUUGACUUUUCCCUCAUGCAGUUUCAGAAUAGCAAAUGCAUCAGUUUGACAUUAAGACGGCUUUUAAAACAACUGCGGUAUUGGAGUUUUGUCAUACCACAUAACAAUUUAUUAUACUUCACACAAAGUACACAUUAACUGAUGCUUACAUACAAUGACAUACACUCUUUAAUGCACACCUGUAAAGGACUCCUACAACCUUGACAGUAGUAUAAUGUACCCAAGUGUAUAAUUGGAAAAUGUGUGUUUGCAUUUUCAUUUAAUCUCCUUAUGAAAACCACUGCUCACAGACACAUUUACUACGUUAACAUGCACACAAGGAACCAGAUUAUUAUGAGUAAACAUCUUGUGGCAAGAAACACCGCCACAAACACACUAGUCUGAUUACUUAAAAUCCCUGUGUACACACUCUCCCCAAUAAUUGAGCUCCCUGACUCCCUAAGAUUCCCCGGACAGUUUCUGCUGCAGCCGGCAGAGACAGGAGCUGAGCUUUGCCCUUGUGGGUGUUAGCAGACAGUAGCAGAUGGGUUUUUCGUGUCCUUAUACUUUCAUCAUAGUUAACACUGACAUCAAUUUAUUGAGCAUCUAUCACUGAACAUAUUGAACAGAGUUUUUACUCUACCAAGCGUGGUAUAUUUUGUUUUAUUCCGCCAGUUUCCUUAUCCACACCCUUUUUCCUGCCCACGCACACAUGGAAAAGACAAUUCAGAGAUCCGAACUGUCUAUAUGUCCCAAAAUCAGCUUUCCCAGACAGAAAUCUAGCUGUGUUAACAGGAUUUUUCUUAAUCCCCUUAACCCCGGUAAUGGAAACGGCAUUUUCCUUUACAUGGCGUUUGAGAUAUCUGUCCGUACGUGGUGAAUAACCCAAUAAUUAAAGUGCAUGUAAACACAGUGAUUGAAAGAAACUGAAACACAGUGUGACACCUUGUCAAGAUGAUGGACUAUUACUGGUAUAAAACAGCUGAUCAGUUCUCUACUGGGCUCUAAUUGUUUGUCUCUUACCACAGGAGCCUCGACCGAUAGAGGGAGGCUGAGAACCCACAUCAAGAAUAACCACGACUGAUGUGUGCUAUAAAGCCAGAGCCGCAGGAGCCCUCAGGACCGCACUGUGCUGAUGCCAGGAUGAUCUGCAUGGUGGCAGUGCAGCUGCAGUGCCAGGAGCCGUCCAGCAGAGGACGAGCAGCCAGCAAGUCCAGUCCAGUGGUUGGACUGUCCUCUCUUGCUUUUCAGUUUCAGAAUAAAUGAUUUAAACUUA